AUGACAGGAGGUGUCCCCAAAGAACAUAGCUGCAAGCAGACUCCUACAAUGAACUGUGAUACCAAUCCUCUGGAGGCUGGGUUGGAUUAUUUCAUCAAACUGAACAAGCCUGCUGACUUCAUCGGCAAAGCGGCUCUUCAGGAAAUCAAAGCCAAAGGCCUGAAAAGGAAGUUGUCCUACAUCACACUGGACACAGAUAACAUCGACCCCGAGGGCAACGAGACCGUCUGGUACAAUGGCAAGGUGGUCGGCAACACGACGUCCGGAGCCUACAGCUACAGCAGCCAGCAGAGCCUGGCGUUUGCCUACCUGCCUCCGGACCUGUGCUCUGUGGGUCAGAAGGUGGAGGUGGAACUGCUGGGGAAGAAAUACCCCGCCAUGGUCAUCCAGGAGCCUUUAGUCCUCACCGAGCCCACACGGACCCGGCUGCAGAAGAAGGCAAAGGGCAAAGCAUAAGCACAGACUGUCCUCAGAUCAGUUUGUCAGCAGCUACAGAUGAACAAUCCCACUGUGAAUUAUAUAUGAGGGUCUGACUUGAUGAUGUGUAAAGCUUUCAUUGGGAGAAAUCAUGUGCAAUCCAUGUACUGAUACGUUAAGCGGACACAUCACAGUCACAUCAUUGACCAGUUCCUCUUCCUGUGCUCUUUCCUGUUGAUCAAGUGAGACUGUUUAGUAAUCUUCAGAGUGUGUAUCUGAGAGAGAUCAACUGUUGACUAAUGCCAGAGCACCACCGUGUCUUAAAAUUUGGGAGGAGUAAUUUACUUCUUGCAAUUGAAUGAAUAGAUGUUAAUGUGUAUUACGAAAAAAUGCUUGAUUUUUGCAAAAGAAAUCCUUUUUUGUUUAUUUCAAAGUCACAAAUGAUGCCGCUGCAGUUUUCAUGGUCAUGAGAGCACUCUGACAAAGAAUAACAACAACAAUAACAAAAAGAAACAGAAUGUUUGCCAACUUGUACAAAGAUUGUUUUAUAAAUCUGUUUUUUUUACUUGUAUGUAAUUAAAUUGGUGUACAUCGAUACCUUGAUAAUUAAAAAAGCCAUUUACUCUG